AUGGCCCUGCGCACGUCUGCCGAGGAGGCUGAGCACGCCGCGGACGGCUUCAGCACUUUCCGUACCCCUCUUCCCGAACACUCGACGGAGAUCACCAGUCUGAUCUCGGAUUUCUACGCCCUCAGUUCAUCACUGUCGAGCCUGGACGACCUCUCCAAGGAUUCGCGCUAUCGCCGUAGAUGGGCGCUUGCCCAGCCAGAUGUGGAACUGGUGCGCUCGAGUCUGAAGUACACUGUCGAGGAUAUCUUGGAUUUCUUCAACCGCUUGGAUGGCGGUAGGGCCUCGCCGGACACGUAUCAGCGAACCUGGCUGGCUAUAGACAAGUUUUUCUGGAAUGAGUCCCAGUACUCCCUAGGCACGCGCUUGGCGAAAUAUAAAACAUUCCUCCGGGAACUCGGCGACUCGGUGAAAGACCUACGCCACGAAUCCCCUCUCCUCACAGGGUAUCGAAAUGGCAUGAAGGCGUUACUCGCGGAACAGGACAAGCGCCUGGCUCCGCGACUCGGCCGCCUGUCUCUGGGUCGCAACCCGCCGUCGACGAGCAGCACCAGCACCAGCACGGAUCUACCGAGUCCCAGGAGUGACCGUCGACCGCCACUGCGUCAACGGUCUUACGAGCGUUCUCGUCCGCCGCAUCUCUCCCCUACGUCGCCGUCGCCCUCGUCCGCUACCUUCUCUGAUUUCCCCCCGUCUGUCCCCGAAGUGCCGAGCUCGCCGCUGGGAUCUACAUCUGCAACCAACACCAGCCAAUCGACCCACUCGGAUGCCAUUCAGUACCACUGGAUCAAAGAAGUCUUCUCGACCCACGAGACCGAGACCCCAAUCCCCACAGGGCGGGAAGUGGCCGGAUGUUUUGGCGACCCGCAUGCUGGGAUUAAACCAUGGCUUCGGGACCAAGGAUUUGAGCUGCUUUUGCAGUUAGCCUUCAACGACGACUCGAACAUGACCGUAUACUUCUAUCUACGGGAAAGAGACCAUCGCGUCCGUAUUGUGUGCAAGGUUCCCCACAGAUCCCGCCCGAGCGACUACUUUUGUAUGCCUCUAAAUUUGUUGGAAGUUAUCCGAGAUGGGUCGUGUCUCCAGCUGUGCCGGAGGCGCAAUGGUGGAAGUGAGCUUAUUUUGUGGGCUAGUAUUCAAUUCACAACAAUCGAGAGCAUGGUUGCAUUCUACGUUGCGUUCUUAGCACUCCGCUCUCAAGACGCCGGUCAUCCGGUGGUCAACAUCCGUGACUAUGAGUUAGAUGGCGAACGAGAAAUUUAUGGCGGUCAAAUAUUUGACGACGACUACCCGCACGCUCUGCGUGUGUACCGUGACAAAGUAACCAAGGCUGUACGACUCCAGGCAUCCGUCCACAAGGGGGACAUGGACCACACCCCCGUCUGGACUGCCUUCGUUACACCCCACCUUGGCCGACGCCGCUGGCUGCGUAUUAUCGACGACCGAACCGUGAUAGUUCGCGAUCUAAAGCCUAUUGUUUUGAUGUCGGCGGACGACUAUACGCCACCGCAGACCAAUCGCGGCGAGCAUGUGCUGAAGUUCGCGACUCCCGAAGAUGCCGAUGACUUUUUGGAUCAAAUGGAAGCCCUAGCGGCGAAAUACCAGCGCGAAUACAUUGCCGUCCCCUAG